AUGAACUCCCAGCUCGCGUGGGGCACGCCCGGGACGGCGGACUCCCCGCUGUGGUUCGCGUUGCCGAGAUCCUUCGUGCUCGUCCCGCUGUUUUACCUCCGCUACGGCAUCUUCUUCCGGUGGCACGGCUACGGCCCGUAUCGGUGCAACGUCGUCGGCGUGUGCGCGCCGCUGCCGGGCCCGAACGAGCUCGGGUUCAUCGCGACGUGGCCGGGCGUCUUCGUGGACGUCUUCGUGUUGACGUUCGUGAUGGUGCUCGCGGAGUGUAAGCUGGCGUUGUCGUGGCGCCUGUGGCGCGCGCAGUUGAGUCGCGAGUCCAACGCGGGGGUUCUCCCGGGGGGGGCGCGCCGAGCGAGCGACUGA